UCCACCUUGAUACCCCCGGCUCGCCGAACAAAGAUUUUUUUAUUUUUGGGGCGACAACGUUAUCGAUUUCAUUCCAAGCUCUCUGCUUUCCUCAACUCGAAAUCUCGCUCGUUUCUCUUCCCUCCUCUCACCCGCGAUCUAAUUGUCAGGACCCUACUCACAAUUCGCGCAGGAUUACCUCUCUGGCGCUCUCAUGAACUGCCUCCGGGCGCGGGAGGCUUCAACUUCUCUCAGCCAUUCCACCUAACACCUUAAGUGCAAUUCGAGAUUCCUUGGAAUCCAUUAAGAUGAUAGGCAUCUCCACUGCGUCGCGCUGUUCCUACUGCCCUCCCGGAAUAAAGCCCCUUAACGUUUCCUUUUCGACGAGUCUCUCUCUAUCCAAGUCUUGGUCCCUGUCGAUACCACUCUCUACUACAAAGAAGAGGUCCGGCUGCGAGCUCCGCCUCCACCGCCGCUACCCUUGGUGCCGCGCGGCCAAGACCGGCCCGGUGAAGAAGAGAGCAACGAAGAGGAGAGCUCCGGAGAAGCCGGUAACCGACGAUGAUGACGGCCUGGUAGAGGCGGUACCCUCGCCAGGCCAGCCAUCUCCAUUGCCGAAGCCGCCCACAGGCUUCGUGCUGGACCCUCAUGGAAGGGUCCUCACGGCUUCUUUAAAUCGGUUAGCCACCAUUGUUGAUUCUACAAAUAAUUUGCCUUUAGAAUGCGUAAUUAGGAGAGUCUUUCAAAGUUCUCAAGGGGAUGAGUGCAUGCUGCUCUGUCCAGUUGAUACGCCUGUACAGAUCUUGAAGAGCACAAACUUCAAUGGAUGGUCAGCUGUCAAUGAUGAUGAAGUUGAGGCUAUCAUUCCUGCUGCUGCAUAUGCUCUUGCUAAAAUCCAUAUGCAUCUUGUAUUUAGUGGAUUCUGUUACACAGCAAGGGGUAGCUUUUGCUAUUCUGAGGACGACAUACUUGAAUUCCGCACAGAUGAUGGUGAAGAUAUUGAUGGGUUACCUUCUGAAGGUGCAGAGAUUACUUGCUUCCAUUUGGAUGGGACACAAUAUAUGAUCUAUACACCAUCUGAUCCUCUUCUUUUCGUUGCCGUUAAGGACAAAAAUGGUUUAUUGCAAAUUGCUGAUGAUGAUCUCUUGGAUGACCCUGCCAUCAUUGGUGCCAUAGACGAGGAGACAGAAUUCAAUGCGUUGGUGGAGGAGGAGGCUGCUCUUCUUGAAUCUUUGCUGCGAGAAAGAUGACCACAUUCUGCUUACGCUAGAAGAAACUGCUUAACGUACUUGCUUCGAAGAUACCCUCAGUAAAUAAUGAAUAAAGUGUAGUUCAAGUAUGCCUGAUGUUUAAGUGUUGCCUAAUUAUAUACUUCCAUGAAUCUAAGUACAUGUCAUGGGGCAUUUUCAUUUAUUCUCUCUCUAUCUACAUCAUCUGUUGGUGCAAUUUACUGGCUUAUGGCCAAUUAUCAUAUAAAACUGGCAAAUCCUAUGC